UGACUCUCCAGUCUUCAAACUCUUCCCCACACUUUGCCGACUUUGCCUUUGCUUUUGCUUCUUCACUCUCUGCUUUCCAUUCGCUAAUAUCUCUCUAUUGCUUAGUAUCCAUGAAACGUUUACCGGGCGCAGACUGCAACAAGUAUAACUGUAAAUUCCGUUAUAUCAGUACAUGGUGGAUGGUGCUCAUCGUCUUCAGUCAGCUCACUCGCGGAUAAAAAUAGGAAACUGACAAAAACUCGAAACCUUGGGCCCUGCAAGUUUUCGUGAAUUCAUCAACAGUUUUACUAUCCAGUGGUUUGUCUACGCCGGGCGGAAAAGUCGUGCGAUUAAGGAGGUCAGGUGCACGCGAGGCGCGGGUGUCCUAGCUGAAAUAUUAUUAUUUUUUCUCCAGCGAAUUCCUCAGCAAGAAAAGAUAAUAUGUCUGCGGUGCAGCCCUUCACCAAUGGGCUCAUCAAUGGCAUCACAAAAAAUGAAAAGAUGAUUAUCGAGAAUGGCGUUCGAUAUGCCCAAGCCAGUCAAACGGGCCGUGAUGGUCCAGAUCAGAUCUUGUACUCGGAUCUAGACACCACAUCGGAUGCCGAUGGUAGAGUUCGAAUCAAAUUGGACAGUGAGGGUCCAAAUUCUCAUGAACCUAUUUCCGUUCCUGGACUUUUAUCGAGGACGGUCAAAACUUAUCCUAAUCAAAUUGCUCUUGUAACGAGAGCAGGGCCAGAUGGUAAAAGAAAAAGUUUCACAUAUAGGGAAUAUGAAAACAACGUGAGAACCGUAGCAAAAGCAUUUUUAAAGUUGGGCCUUGAACGACAUCACAGUGUUUGCAUCUUGGGAUUCAAUAGUCCACACUGGUUUAUUGCAGAUCUUGCUGCCAUAUACGCAGGAGGUUUCGCUGCAGGAAUUUACACAACAAACUCUCCCGAAGCCUGUCAAUAUUGUGCCGAAAGUAGUCGUGCAAACAUAAUUGUAGUUGAAGACGCCAAGCAGUUGGAGAAAAUAUUACAAAUUAGGAAGAACCUUCCAAAGUUAAAAGCAAUCAUCCAGUACGAUGGAAUAGUUAAAGACAAGGGUGUCCUGAGUUGGGACGAUCUACUCGAGAUAGGAAAAAAGGAAUCGGACGAUAAAUUAGACUCGAUUCUUAGGACAAUGGGAGCAAACGAAUGCUGCACUUUGGUUUACACGUCUGGCACGGUUGGAAAUCCGAAGGCAGUGAUGUUGAGCCACGACAAUCUUUUGCAUGAUACACGUGCAAUUGUCAGGGCUGUCGAGUUCAAAGGUGGUUCUGAAAUAAUAGUCAGCUUUUUGCCUCUAUCACACGUGGCUGCGCAGGUUGUCGAUAUAUUUACAAGUAUGACUGUGGGAGCCACGGUGUACUUUGCUGAUAAGAAUGCACUGAAGGGUAGUUUAGUUGAAACUUUAGUCAUCGCUCGGCCCACAGCUUUCUUGGGCGUUCCAAGAGUGUGGGAGAAAAUUUACGAGAAGAUGCAACUCGUUGCUCGUAAUAAUGGGCCAAUUAAAACGUGGAUCGCCACCUGGGCUAAGGCCCAAGGACUUUUCUACAAUAUGAAUAAAAUGAAUGGUGUAGAUUAUAAAAAUUGGGGGUACUUAAUUGCAAAGUGGCUUGUUUUCAAUAAGGUCAAAGCAGCUCUCGGCCUGGACAGAUGCAGGAUUUUUGUCACGGCCGCUGCGCCUUUGGGGAACGACGUGAAAAAGUACUUUAUGAGUUUGGACAUGCCGAUUAUGGAAGCCUACGGAAUGUCCGAAUGCAGCGGCGCUCACGCUUUAAGCACGAAUAAUCGUUACAGAUUGGGCAGCGUUGGUCCAACUCUUAAAGGAUUUGGUACAAAAUUAGAUAAUUUAGAUAAUACCGGGGAAGGAGAAAUAUGUAUGGGUGGUCGUCAUGUGUUUAUGGGAUAUUUAAAUGAACCCGAGAAGACCAAGGAGGCGAUGGAUGUCAAUGGAUGGUUGCAUAGUGGCGAUAUGGGAAGACUGGAUGGCAAUGGUUACCUAUAUAUUACGGGGAGAAUCAAGGAGCUCAUAAUUACAGCGGGCGGAGAAAAUAUUCCACCAAUUCAUAUUGAGCAUUUGGUCCUAUCUGAAUUGCCAGUCUUGAGCAAUGCCAUGCUGAUCGGCGAUAGAAGAAAAUACCUGACAAUUCUAGUCACACUGAAGACUGAAAUGAACGCAGAUACAGGAGAUCCAUUAGAUACGUUCUUGUCUGAUACACAGGCUUGGCUUAAAUCUAUUGGUUGCAAGGCGAAAACGCUGUCUGAGAUAAUAGCAACUCGCGAUCCUCUGGUAUUCAAAGAAAUAGAAGAUGCCAUCAGCAGAGCAAACGAGAAAGCGAUAAGCAAUGCCCAGAGAGUGCAAAAAUUCCAGCUCCUUCCUCACGACUUUUCCGUCCCAACGGGAGAAUUGGGCCCGACGUUAAAAGUGAGACGAAAUGUCGUUCAAAGAAUGUACUCGGAUUUGAUAGAAGAGAUGUACAACUAAAAUAAUUUCUACAUUAUAGGCAAGAAAGACAAAGUACAACGAGUACUUUAAAAUGUGAAGUAUAGGGCGUUAAAUAUAAUUAUCGUAUUUUACGAUUAUCAUCGGGGAGCAAAAGGAUCCCGCGUUAUCCUUACAGAAAUAUUCUAAAAGCGUCUUUUUUCAGAAUAUUUAAAAAAGAAAAAGCAAAAAAAGAAAAAGAACAAACAAACAACUAAAAAGACAGCUUUUCAUUAGUUUUCUGUGCAGCUCGAAGCGAACUAAUGCGAAUUGAUGGAAAAAUUGCACGUGAGAAGAAUGAAAAUUCAUGCGUCUUUUUUUUUUUUUUUUAAA